UCAUCAUCAAGCGACGAUGCGUUUUCGCUAACCAAGCAACUAAUAGAAAAGCCGUUAGGAGAUGAUACAUUUUUUGAGGAAUUGAACUGCGAGGUUAUACAAACUUGUUUGUUUCACAUUCCUGUGAUAAUUUCUUCAUUUUUAACAAGCACCUCACGCCCUCAUGGUGGAACGACUAAUAGUAGACGCUACAUUUGUCGAGAUAGGGAAGGACGUCAUGAAUUAAUUAUUAAUUACUAUUUCAAAGGCGAUGACUCAAAAAUAAAACAAGUUCAAGACAAAAAGGUGCAUAAAAACUUGAAGAAAGAUCUUAUUGAUCACUUGUGGGAGCUACAUGGUAGCCAUCAAAUAGAU